CAAAGCUCAGCUUCAGUUUCUCCGUCCAUCUCACGCUGACAGCGGAUCACCAUCUACUCAACCAAGCACCCAGUGACACACCAUUCCAUUCAUCCAUCCAUUCAUACCGUACAAGGUGCACCUGAACGUGAGAGCGUAAGGAUGCUUGCGUGUACAGAGAUGAUUACGAUGUGUUUGCAAUCAGCCAAGCGUCAACAUCUCAGCAAACAGCAGCAGCAGGAGUGUGACCACAACCACAACCGGACCGCAUCGCUUUUUCACGAUAUAUUUCGCAGGGCUGACAAAAAUGAUGAUGGAAAGCUGUCCAUGGAGGAAUUCCAGUCAUACUUCAGUGAUGGGGUCCUUACGGAUGAGCAGAUGAAAGAGCUUUAUCGCUCAAUCGACAGGCAGAAUGCAAACAACAUGGACAUUGAAAAACUCUCAGAGUACUUCAGCCCACAUGUGGGGGAGUAUGUCAACGUACUGUCUGCACUUGAGAAGCUAAAUGUGGCUAUUUUAAAGGCAAUGGAUAAAACGAAAGAGGAUUAUCAGGGGUCCUCUGUGCUGGGUCAGUUUGUGACUCGCUUCCUGCUUAGAGAGACUUCCACCCAGCUGCAGUCCCUGCAGUCCUCACUUGACUGUGCUAUGGAAGCUGUCCAUGACCAAGGCUGCACAGGCAGGAAGUCAGUGAGGAAGCCGGAGGACCUGCCUAUCCAGAAGGUAACCAAACGUCCGAGCCGACGAAUCCAGAAGAACAUGUGUCUCUCACCAACAGACCCUUACUCUGGCAUGCUGACCACAGGGGUCAGUGUGGAGUCUGAUUACCACUGGGGCUCCCAGGUCGACCAGUUGGAGCAGCUCAUAGACAAGCUGGAGUGUGAGAGUCCACAACUUGAACCUCUCAAAGAAGACACACUGGCAGGAACUUACAAGUCGAACAUUCUCCUGGUCCAAAGACAGAUGUCUGUUAAGGAGCGUGAUGUGGAACGAUUCCAGCAUGCUCUUAAGAUCUACACGGAUGCCACCAGCGGACAGCAAAGCAACCUGCACAUUUCAGUCCAAAACCUGCCUGACAGAUCGUGCUUCAUCAUGUACGAAUUUUGGCAGGAUCGUCUCUCCUGGAUGAGCUUCUUGCAGUCAUCCAUCAGUAAGACCUUCCAGCGUGGCAUUAUUGAUGCACUGGAGGAGCAAGAGAUCGUCUCCAUGAUGCUUCUCCCAGCUUCCUGGUGGAUUAUGAACAACAACUGACAGAGCAACACUUCUCCAGAUCAGCAUGAAAAAAGGAGAUAAUUGUUGUUUAUUGUUGCUCUCUUCUGUAAAUUCUGAUUUUGCUUAAGGCAUGAUGGCCGGAAGAGAUUUGCUUUACGGUACAAGAAAUGAAAGAAAAAAAGACUUGAAUGGAAUGAAAUGCAAUAUUUUAUGGAGCCAUCAGUAUCUGUGGGGAUGUUGAUGUGGCACUUUUCUUACUCCAGUUUUCUUAGAAGCACAAGAAAUUGUGAGGGGAAAUGGAAUUGCAUGAUUUCUUAUUCUUACCUUUCUCAUCUUUAAAUUUUGAAUAGAUUCAAUGUCAAAGCAGCAAAAACAGACCACUCCUCAUUUUUUCCUAAUAUAGAUAACAACAGAAAACAUAUAUAACUCGUUAACUUCAUUUUUUUAGGUCCUCUUUAUGAUGUUGUGCACUGUCGUCUCUUGAACAAGCUUGCGUCCUUCUGCCGUUGGAUAAAAACCUCUAGUUUACUGUAAACUAAAUAAUAAAAAUAUUUAUAAUCCCAAAAGGGUCCACCUCCAAACCCCUUUGUGUCACUCUUGCACUUUAGUAAACCAGGAACUACCUGUUUGUUCAGAAAUACACAUUUAUUGUAGAUUGUAAAUGUGUUUUUGAUGAUAUUUCCCCCUUGAUUAGAAUAUGAACAGCAUAAACAAACCACACUAACAUCUGAAGUAAGGCCAGUAUUUCACAUUUGCGAUGUAUAACGUGUGUGUGUGUGUGGGGAGGCAAAAAAAUGGGAAUUUAUACUUUUGGAGCAGGAAAUUUUCUCAGUGGUGAUGCUAGUAAAUUAAAGUCUUAUCGUGUAGUCGUCAGAUGUAACUACUAUGGCUGAAGACAGUAAGUCCAUGUACAGUGUUAUGGUUAGUCCUUAUUGAAUGUGGCAAGUGUGCUCACGGUCCAUGCAUGAUGUAUACGUAAUAGAAAAACAAGUAACGCAGGGACCGAUUACUCCACCCUUUCCUUUAGCAAUAAAUGUGAACUUUGGUAUGUGUUAUGUAUAUGUGUUAUAUUUGUUUUCUGGCAUGCAAUAAACUUAAUGACAUGCACAAAAGAUAUUUCUGUUCACGUUAUUAUUUUCUAGGAAAGGUGUUACUGGAUUUUUGUGUGUGUGUCACUUUGUUCAUAUAUACAGUAUACAGGAAUGUUAAAAAAGACAUGAAAUAAAAUCAAAUAUGAUUAGUUGUCAUGUGAUAGAUUUUAAAUAUAAGACGCUGACUGACUGACCUCAUGUUGUAUUAGUAAUAAAGAUCAGUGCAUAUUUAUUUUCUACCUCCGUGGGAAGAUUCAGCCUUAUAAAAACAAUGUUAAUGCUGAAGUUUGUGACACAGCUAAUGAGACACGAAUGGCUGAAGUCAAGCACCUGUUGGAUUUGAACUGAGCCCUGAAAUGUAUUGACUGG